AUGCCCUCCCAACCAGCAAUCCCACCUCUCCUCUCACCAUAUGUUACCUCCCUGCCCCAGUCAUCCCUCACCGUCCUGUCCUCCGUGCUAGAUGCAACAGGAAACUGGCUCGUCCUGCGAUUCCUCCACGCCGCGUUAAGCGCGUCCCAAGGCUCCGUUGCAUUUGGCAGUGAUGGGGUAGAGGGGCAGAAAAAGCGCAAAGUUGUGCUUGGCUUGGAUCUUGCGCGCCUUACAGACAAAGGCCAAUUCGCCUUCGUUGACGGACUGUCAGAACUAUUAUACACACCUACCCCAACAAGAGCUUCGCCAAUACCUCCACCCUCGCCUUCGCCUUCUGCCAUUCCUUCCAGAACAGUUCUCCCUCUGCGCUCCGCACCUGGCGCUGUCCCGGGACGAGUUCCGCAGCCUCUGUCGCGGCCGAGCCCCGCGGUGUCCAAUACAAUCCCGACCACAUCUGAGAAUACGUCUACAACGCGACUACACUUUUCAGGGAAUGGCGUGCCGGCGCUCGAUGCGAUCGAGAGGGAUAUCGCCGGUGUGAUUGGACACCUGAAAACCCCCAAGGCUGGCGACGAGGAAGAAGCUGAGGUAUUACUGAUUCUCGACCAACCGGAUCUGCUACUCGCGGCCACGGGUCCCAACAGAGGCAUCGGCGCUACAGAAAUUGGGGAUUGGAUCAUGGGAUUACAACAGCAUGCGUAUGCAACCGUUCUGACUCUUGCCGCCGAUUCGCCGUUGAUACACAACGCCUCCGCGUCUGCGCCGCAAUCCGCGACGCCAUUGGAAGUGGAGCAUGCUGCAUUUGCCAUUGAAUCGGCCCACCGGGCUGAGAUUGUGAUGCAGCUGCGCAGUCUUGAAACGGGAGCAGCGCGGGACGUCAGCGGCGUGUUAAGGAUUAGUAAAGGAGGCGCAUGGGGCAGAGGUGACAGAGCGAAUGUUGAAGGCGUCUGGGAGGAGAAAGAAGUCCUGUACUUCAUUCAACGGGACGGAGGCGUCAGGCUCUUCGGAAGAGGAGAGUGA